UGCAGUUAUAAUAUGCUGCGCCAUAGCUGUAGAACUAGCAUAUAUUGCGUUUGUCCGGGGGACGUGCGUUCUGUAAACACGUGUUUUAAUCAAGCCUGUUGCUUCGCUUCCGUUUGCUGCGGCGCUACGCUUGCCAAAGAAAAACUUUGCAUCUGUUUUAUUACGACGGAUGCGGCUCGGCCUCGGGGGUUAAUUUCGACGUCCACGGAUUAAUUGUUUUUAGGUAUACAUAGUGUGUAGGUAAGGCAAACACUUGAAAAACGAAUUGCGAAUUAUAUUGGUACCUACUGUUACCAGCCCUACGACCUACCUUAACUGAAUACGUAGACAUGUCAUUAAGCAGCGAAUACGUAUACCGAUAGUCUUUCGUUUAGGACAAACUACGCGUGAUGGAUUUAGUACCUGCUUAGGUAUUCCAAAUUACACCGUGCAUUUGGAUGUCUGGUGACGUAUACUCAUCUUGGUUUUUUUUUCUUCGGGUUCAGUUACGGCCUCUUAGUACUACGCAAUGCCUUUAAAACAUGUUCCAUUGGCAAAUAUGAGUCGAAUCCUCACUGAAAUCAAAUUACAUAAUUCUAUUAAAUGCAACGAGUAUGACCCAUUCAGUUGACUGCUCCCGGAUGUACCAGUCCCAAUAACGUAAACAUCCACUCAAGCGUGAAUGUGCAAUGAAACUUAAUAAAUCUAUAUAAAUAACAACAAUUCACUUACUAAAAAAGUGUCCAAUUGUUUACACGAGUUGUUCCCAAAUGGCCGUGGCCCGUUGUUCGGGAUAAUCGAGGUGAACAAUUUUACGCCUCGGGCGCCCGGGCCGGACUCACUCGAUUAAAGCCGCCCGAACACGGAAAUUAUCAAACGAAACGCACCGACAAGUCAGCGGGCCGUGAGCGAGCGCCCCUAGCUACAUUUAUAGUUUUUGUCCAACUCGCUCGUAUCGAAUAAAGAUGAAAGUUUGGUGCACUCCACUUUGUACGAGCCAACAACUGUUUUAAGGCACCUCUCGUUUUGAGCAUCAGUUUAAAUGGGGAUUAUGUUGAAGUACGGAAGUAGCUAAAGUACCCUAAAAUUAUUAUAUUGCCAAGUUGACAACACGCCAUUGGAUCAUUAUUUUGAUUUCAAGCUAUUUAGAACACAAGCUUACACCUAAAAAAAUGUAGAUUUAAUUGUAAAUUCUUUAAAAAAUGGGAUUUAUAUAUUUUUUUCGAUGUCAUAAAAACGCAAACUUCAAUUAUAAAUUAAAAUGUUUUUGAGGAAAUAAUGGUAUUAGAAAAUAUUACAUGUAUUUAAAACAAUGGUUCCCUUUUUUAGUGGCGUAAAUAUUUUUAAUAAUUAUUUUUAAUUUCGGCAUUAGAAAUCUUCAAACCCAACGACCUGGAGCCAUUAAGAUAGCCAUCUCACCAAAUAGCUACAUGCGUACACAGGCUGUAACAGCUUCUGGAUAUAAUAAAUAUGGUAUGCACUUACCCGGUGUCGGGUGUCUGUAAAAAUCUCGCUUCCUCCACUCAAAAAUCCCAAGUGAUCGUGCACUAGAUGUAGCUGCAGGCAUUUGGUUACCCUCACAAAAAUUGAUUGUAAUUAAAACUGAUAGAUGCGAGCUCGUACCUAGCCGUACUUAAAAAUUGGGUCAAAUGGCACUGUUAAAAUAAUUAAAAAAAAACUAGAAUUCAUGUUUCAUAUUUACACAGACAGAAUACACAGGCCGCAGCGCUGGUUCCGGUUCAAACCGGAGGUCACGAUUUUGAACCCCGAAAUAAUCAAUAAGGCUUCCUAAGUAAAUAACCUGCUUUGGUUAAUGUAUUAUCGUCUCACUCUAGCCAUCUCUAGCAAAGGCCUAUAUAGGAUCCUCAACAGCAAAUUUUAACAAUGUUCUGGCCGAAAUGUUUUUUAUUGCUUUAUUUUACUGGACAUUUUUGAAAGCAAUUCCUUAACUAAAGCUGCCAAUAUCCCGGGUUCACAUCUCGGUUCGUAACCCAUAAGUUGGCGCAUUUUUACGUCUGUAAAUUAUACUUUUACGAUCGAAAAUCAUUUUUAUGUUUUCGGAGGAAUUUAAUAUCACGCCAGCACACAGCUAUACUCUGCACAUUCGCUCUUUUAUUGCGCUGUAAUUUUAUUGUUUUCUCAAUUUUUAUUAACUAUUAACUAGCUACUUAGCUUGUGGUAUAGCCGAUCGAUAAGCUUUUACUGUAUCCUAUUUAAUACCUACCUAUUUUCUACCACGUCUGUGCAUUCAUUUUAAAAGCAUUAUUUGCAGGAGUAACGCAAAAAGAUAAUAUUUCCUGGAAUAAAGUUACAAAGAAAAGAGAUAAUUGCUUAAAGAGUUUUCACAACACACCUACGAUUCUGUGGGGAUUUUCAAAGGAAUUUUAUGUAGCUACUCGGUUUUUUUUGUUUUUAAGCAAUCGCUUUAAGCUUUAUUGUAUAAACAGUUUUCUAUUUACGGCGUACCUGUUUACGCUAACUUUAGCCCCCCAGGCGGCGCCGUGUCAUAGUCCAAGUCUAUGGGUUAGCGAGUGCAAUUAGUGCAAACCAUGUUAUGUCGAAAUAAAGACUGGCACACGCGAUGCAUUCUCUCUAUUUCGGUGACGUAAUUGAAUUGUAUUCGAUUAAAAACUUAUGCAUUUAUAGCGCUCACGUUUUACGGCGUAUUCACAGGUAACCGGGCCUAUACGUACGAGAUUUAUGAACAUUUUCAAUUAAACGUGUAGGUAGGUAUACCUCUUGCGUCGAAUGAUGGUCCCUGUGCCAUUUUUAUAUGGAGCAGCUAUAACGAGAAGUUUAUCAUAUUAAUUUAUUUUGAAAUGUAAUGAUUAAGUAAUAAAAUUAUGGUAAAAACAUAUUUCUUCAUUUUUUCAAAUUUAGCCCAAAAUUCAAAAUUCAAAAAUGUAUUCUGCAAGUAGGCCUCAAGGGCUCUUUUACAAGUCAAUACAACAUUUAUAGUAACAUCAUAUAGUGACAUGAAAAAUACAUAACAACAUUUAUAAAUACAACAGCCAAUACCUGGGUAAACAUUACAUAAUAAUAAUCUUAAAAUAAAUAAUUAAUACAAUACAAUAGAGAUGUAUAGUCUCUAUGGUUAAAAACACAUUAAAUCUGGAGAUGUAAAAGGUCCCCAAUGUCAGAGUACUAAUACUAAUAAAAUUUGGAGGUGUAAAGUCUCUCCAAGUGUCAAAAUAAAAUUUAUACUAAAUAAAUAAACCGCGUCUGGACUGUUAAACUAGCAGUCUCAUAAACUAAUGCUACAUUCUGUACAUAACUAGUAUGUACCAAGUCAAGUAUAUUAUACAAUAUGACAGAGACGUAUAGUCUCCACGGUUAAUACAUUAAGUUUGGAGAUGUAUAAGGUCCCCACGGUCUGAGAAAAAUAAUUAAACAGACUUGAAGGAACGGUCAUGGGAAAUAUGAAUAACAAAAUUCAUGUCAAUAUCAUCAUCAAUCCCUGACGUACAAAACAUAGUGGGUAAAAAAACAGUGGCACUCCAGGCGUGCCGACAGAAGUAAAAACUUGAACAAUUAUAAAUAAAUAAAUAUUAUACGACAUUAUUACACAAAUUGAUUAAGUUCCACAGUAAGCUCAAUAAUGCUUGUGUUGAGGGUACUUAGACAACGAUAUAUAUAAUAUAUAAAUAUUUAUAAAUACUUAAAUACAUAGAAAACACCCAUGACUCAGGAACAAAUAUCCAUGCUCAUCACACGAAUAAAUGCCCUUACCAGGAUUUGAACCCGGGACCAUCAGCUUCGUAGGCAGGGUCACUACCCACUAGGCCAAACCGGUCGUCAAUUACGUGUGUAUUUAUUGAAUCGUCAGGAAAUAUGCCAACAUGCAUGUCUAUCUAUGUACGUACACAUACACAAUACAUAUAUGAACAUACUUACAUACAGAAAUGUCGGAUAGGGUAACGGUAACAGUGUCGCGAGUUCAAUGAUUUUUCCAUCACAAAAAUGCCCAAUGCACCUAAAGAAGUUUUCACUUCAAGGGGUGUUGAUUACGGUAACGUAACGGUAACAGUGUUGCGAGUUCAAUGGUUUUUUCCCAUCUCAAUAAUGCCCAACGCGCCCAAAGAAGUUUUAACUUCAAGGGGUGUUGGUUACGAUUACGGUAACAGUGUCGCGAGUUCAAUGGUUUUGUCCCAUCUCAAAAAAUGCCCAACGCGCCUAAAGAAGUUUUAACUUCAAGGGGUGUCGAUUACGGUAACGGUAACAGUGUCGCGAGUUCAAUGGUUUUGUCCCAUCUCAAAAAAUGCCCAACGCGCCUAAAGAAGUUUUAACUUCAAGGGGUGUCGAUUACGGUAACGCUAACAGUGUCGCGAGUUCAAUGGUUUUUUCCCAUCUCUAAAAAUGCCCAACGCGCCUAAAGAAGUUUUCACUUCAAGAGGUGUCGGUUACAGUAACGGAAAGUUUCGCGAGUCCAAUGGUUUUUUCCCCAUCUCAAAAAAUACCUAACGCGCCUAAAGAUGCUGAAAACUGAAAACAAAAAGAUUAUCACAACACAACCGUACAGUUAAAGAGUAUAGUACCUACUAUGGAAGGUAGAGGCAAGGAACAAAAUCUCCAUAUACCAAAAAGUGUCUGACAAAAAACCAUAAAUAGGUGGCGCUACAAUACCAAGAAUACUUGAGAAAAAAAUCUAGUCAUAGCGCACUUCACUCCGUGUAUAAUGCCUAGGUUCUUCGCUACUGUAGCGCUACUCUGGAGAGAUUUGGAAUUAUUAUCUAUUUAUAGCUGACAGCUGGACACUUUUGCAACAAUUCUGCCUAAGGAGUUUCUGUUCCUUGCCUCUACCUUCCAUAGUACCUACUUACUUUAUUGGUUUGUUACUUACCUAGCAACCACUGACACUGCCGCCAAAAGAAAAUAAAUAUUUCAGAAGCCGUCAUGGCAACGGAAUUAUAGUUUUAGCAUUAGCAUACUAUACACAGAUUGUUGAUUAUUUUACAUUACUUAUUACUAAAUAUUUACUAUUAAUAAGAUGGAAUUGAGGAGGAAUGUGGAUAUUUCUCCAAAAUCGGACUGUUUGAAAGGUGUUGUGGCGUGUCAGUGCGAGUUGGGUCGAGAAAAGCUACUCACAGCUCCUCCCUAUCGAUUCGCUUAUACCAAAAGUGACGACAAAUCGCGUAUAUCAACAGCCCCCUGUGCCAGGGAGCUCGACCUCUUCAAAUGCCCCACCAGCCAGAUACUCGUCACCUUCAAAUCGCCCGUUCACCCCAACGAAUCGUUUAGCAAGGUCUUCCCAGGGAGCACCCAAGUUAAAUUUGUCAAACGCAAAUUAGCCAAAUUACUUUCCGUGUCAAAUAACAAUCUCAUAUUAACCAAAAACAGAAAUGUGCUGAAUGACAGCAGCCUAUUAUUAGACUUAAAGACUGACGCUCUUGGAAAUCUAGUUAUUGAUGUACUGACAAAAGACUCGGAAGAAUUCUCUCUCUCAUCUAUUCCGGUGGAGUACUACGUUUAUGAACUCUUGCAAGCAGUUGCCCCAAAAAAGCGAAUGAUACCGUUCAUUGCCAUUAAAUUUAGAGUACGGAAUCAAAAUGGAAUAUUUACACGAUCGUACCAUUCUAUAAUGAAAGUUCAUGAAGUCAAGAAGAAUCUGGCAGGGCUAUUUCAAACCGUUCCGGAUAAUUUAGUAUUGUUGAGGGGGGAAAAUCCCCUUGCAGACCGCAUGACUCUUUUAGACCUAGACUUUGAUAAAUACGGCAUUGUGGAAGUAGAGCUACUUACGAAAAAUAAAGAGGUGUUAAAUUUAGAUAAACUAUACAAAGAAAUGCCGGUCAACGAUGUUUUGUCAGUCAAUGUGCGAUUUGGUAACACUGUAAAGAAAAUCAAUGUUGAAGUUUUUUCUUUACCAAUGAAGAAACCUUAUUUAGGCGGAUAUAAAAAUAUACACACAGGACAAAUUUAUCAUCAUGCCUAUACCCAGACACCGCAAAAACCUGAAAAACUACCGCCAGAAAAGAAGAAUUGUAGAGAUACACAAACAGCGGAGGAAAGAGAAAAGAUUUAUGACACUAGCUACAGCCGGGCAACACAAAUGAACUCAACCCAGGCAUACAUACCGAACGUCACAGACAGAAUAAUGGUGCCGAAGCAUUAUGAGACCUACGAGGAAAUGAAGGCGCGCCUGAAACACGACCACUUCGCCUCCGUCAUACAGCGGGCUUUCAGGCAUCACCAGUUUAGGCAGAAGGUGGAACGGUGGCUGAAAGUAUGCAUGGAAAGAAUAGCUCGUAUGAAGGAGGAAGAUCGUUUGGAGCUGGAAGCUAUGGAGAGGCGUUUGCGCCGCGACCUGAUCACCAAGACCUUCCCUAAAACGAGAGAAGACUUCGACCAACUUUACGCAAUGGUUGACAGAUGGAAACACGCUGAGAUAUCCAGAAUUUCACAACUGCAUUCAAAAGGACCAAAAAUUGCUGAAUUUACUCUAUUACUGGAUAAAGAAGUUGAGCUGCUUCGCUGCAUUGAGUCCUACCGAGUCAAAGUGAAAGAGGACAGCCGAAAGAUCAAAGAGCAGCAGUUUUUAGAAGAAAUAUCCAAACCUAUAGCAUGGUACGGUAAGGACGACAAGCUUAUAACAAUGGAGACAGUCGAAAUACAAAGAGCUAGAAAACUAAAGGAACUCUAUAACUCUUUUCUACGUGAGGAUAUGGAAAUAAAAGAACGUUUGGAACUUCUCGUGGAUAUGAAGUAUGCUUUAACAGAGUUUCGCCAUCCUCUGGCCGAAGAAAUCAUCACAUUAUUGGACAGAGAAUGUGACCUCGUCGUGAGAAGAUGCGAUGACCAACAACUCGACUUUCUGAGAAGAAGAAUCGCAGCUAGCGUGUUACAAUUUAUCAAAACGUCUGAACUGAAUUCUGGGGUGACAAAAUGCAAGGACAUCAGAGAUUACAGGAAGAUGGAAAACACUCGACUACACUACUGCGAGAUGUGCAAUAAAGUGAAACCUUAUUCGGACUUCCCUCUAGAUGCACGAAUGAGUUGGUUCCUGACUUGCAAGUCGUGUUCGUGGAAGGACGCAAACGAGAGCCUGUGGAUCGACAUGACGCCGUACAAGUUCAUACUGAGAGCCGUGCAGCGCGACGAACGGCGCCGCAAGUGCUGGGGAUCGUUGGCGUUUGUUCUUCACGAGAAAGAUAUCUUCUUCAUAGUAGAAAAGCUCUGGCAUUCGCAUUCCGCGAUCAGCGAAUGCAGAGACGUGACAGAAUUGCGGCUGUGCCGCUGGAACGUGCACGAGGACUGGUCGCCGUGGAACUGCUUCCUAGUGACGGUGGCGGAGAUGAAGGCGCACCUGCGGCUGGAGCGGCCGGAGGAGGUGUACGACGAGGAACUGGUGCAGAAGGUGAGUAACAAGCACAAGCUGGCGAAGGCCAACUUCGAGCAGAUGACGGCCGUCAACAAGCGCUACACGGAGACGGGCACGUGGCAGGCCGUGCGGGCGCCGGCCGUCGCUCGUGUGCCUGCGGUUGAGCCGCUUUAACUUUUUGAACGACGAAGAGCACAUAAGCUGUCGCGCUUGCAGCGUAGGCAAUUAGGUAUAGGUUGUCAGAAAGUGCCUUCAAUGAGUGUAACGCACGGCACGGGAAAGUAGUGGCACAGCGUUAAGCCAUGAGUCAACUAGGCGACAAGUAUUACACGGCACGCGAUGCCAGCGAUGUCUGGUAUUCUCUGGUUACCGAACUUCGCUCGACAUUCUACUAUGAAUGAAUGAAAGUAAUGAAAAUGCUUUAUGCUACAAACGGACCUCCUCGACUUGCGCCACAAACAUUUGUUGCCUAGUGAAGCCCUGGCUUAACUUAGGGUAAGCAUCCACCAGGGUUGAACGCAGUUGCAGUUUGAGGAUGCGUUCUCAAUGAUGCCAUGCCAAUUUAGCUUCGUGCCACGAUCAAUCCUGGUGGAUGCUCCUCUUUAUCAAAAUUUUUAGAUAAUUAUCAUUAGUAUCAUUACUUAUAAAUAUUUUUUUUAAAUCGUUAAUGAAUCAUGGUUAGUUAUUUCUUUGUAUUUGUUAUGCACGGUAGUGUACUUAGCCUAGUUUUUAGAUUGUUGUUGACACAGUGCAUACUGAAGAUUAAAGGUGUGAGAGUGCUAAAAGCUUAAAAAAUACCUUUGAAUUCUAUUAUCAUACCAAAAUUACACCUUAUUUUUUCUUAAAUGAUUAUAAUGACGGUGUCAACUGUGUGAUUUCAAUUUUUUUACUAUAAACAAGAAACAUAAUCUGGUCAUUGUAAUCAUGUAAGUAAAGAUGCAACAUACAGUAAUGAGUCGGCUAAAGUCUCAAACCUCGGAACUCCAUUAAGACAUUAUAAAUUAGCUACUUUAGUCAAUAAUACCUAAAGUUGCAACCCCAUUAACUCCUCGGAGGAGUUGCAAGAUUUGUGACGUUAGCCAACGAAUGGUAAUAGAAUUAAAAAGAGAAACAUGUCAAGCUAGAGGCGCUGAUGUCGAUCCAGCAAUGUUGUUUAUCGCCGAAUUAAUAUUGGGGUAUCAAAAUAAAAUCAGCUUAUUUAAA